CGGCGGCCGCGAUGGCGACCUCGCGCGACGUGGAGGACGUCAUCCAGAAGCUCUCCUCCGACCGGGCCAGGGCCCGCGAUGAAGGGGUGAAGCUGCUCGGGACGUGGCUGCAGGGCGACCGCGCCCCCACCUUCUGCCGCCUCCUCGCCCGCAACACCGCCAGGGCCAAGCCCGGCCAACUCUCCUCCUCCGCCACGUGGCCGUUCCUCAUCAUGGCGCUCGCCAAGUGCGUCCUCACGGACAUUGCCGCUAAGAAGCGCGGCCCCACCAAGAGCGCCGCCGCCGGGAUGCUCCGAGUUGCUAUCCGAUGCGCCGAGGACGUGAGGCUCUCAGUCAGCAACUUGAAAAAUCAUAGUACUGACUAG